AUAAUGCCUGACUGCUCCCCAGCCUUAUCUGGCAUUCACUCCAGUCUGUGCGCAGGUCCCGCGCGCGAGUCUAUUAACUAACAGCAGAGCGCGGCGCGAGCGCUGGAGAUUCCUCCGCUGCACUGACGGAUUGGAUGUGAUGACAGGGGGACCGGCACGCGCCACAGCGCUUUGGCUUCUUGGCACGCAGGAUAAUAUAGGCUAUUUAGUGCUCUUUUGUUUCGUGGAGGAGCGUCAGAAGCCCAGUGCCAUCUGAAAAUAUUGGGUAAUUUCCAAUCAUCUACCAUGUUUGAGGGGUCUGAGUCCGCGGACACACAGGAAGUCAAGUCUGAGAGCACCCUUGGGUCCUCUGUCUCCGCCUGCAGGAAGGUUUUGUGCAGUAACAGUGUUCUGGAUUCGUCGGAGUACUGGCUGAAGAACGAUAAGGCGCUCUGCAGAAUUGGGUUCCUGGAGGACCAGCAUGACAGCGGCUGCCCCACAAUUUGCUUCGUAAACCUGGACAGACAUACUCCUGAUCAGCAUGACGAAAGCUAUGUUAAGAAACUAGCCUCAGUGUGCCCAGAGCUGCCACAGUUAAUUGAGUCUCUCGGAGUUCGGCAACCCAAAGAAAAUGAGAUUCUGCUUCUCAGCAGCCUAGAGUCACCGGACUCCUGCCAGCAUGACCCCAGCCACCCACAGAGCCAGAGAACAGUGGAUGUCUGUCUGGUGCAUUGUUCCUGUGGCCGCCGCCCAGCCCAAACCAACAGUGUCAUUUUUGAGAUCAACAAAUUCCUGAUUGGACUACAGUCAGGGCAAGAGAGGCAGAGGCAUGGCCGAUUGGCUGGUCAGCGGGCUGCUGAGGAUGACACCAACCGCUCUGUGUCAUCCAUAGAAGAAGACUUCCUCACUGCCUCUGAACAGCUUGGGGAAGACAGCGAGGAGGAUCCAUUCAGAAAUGAUCCUGAGAUUUCUAUCAUGCCCGAGUCGGUUAAGGUGUUAAGAGCAGCCCACGCUCGAAGGAGGAGUGAAAUAGAGAGAGAGGAUAGUGAGGACUCUGAGACCCUCUGCAACUCUUCCAACUCCCAAAGGCUUUCGAGAACAUAUUCUGCCUCCUCAAGAGGCCCACCUGCUACCCCAAAAAAAGUAAAUCAUCACACUAGUGAGUCAGCCGGUCACUAUGCCACCAAUCUGGCUGAGUCAGUCCUGCAGGAUGCUUUUAUUCAUUUGUCACAAGAUGAACCUUCUUUUGUCACAGAGGCAGCUGUGAGUGUGUCCACCACCUCGCAGCACUCAAGUGAAGUAAGCCACUCCAGUGAAGAGCCACUGAGGGCUCGAGCCUGCUCUUUUGAACUUCCUAAAAUCGUGAUUGUCCAGAGUCCUGACAACAGUGAGGAGGUAACAGAGUGGCCAGAAACUCAGUCACAUGGAACAUCAGAGCAUGAUAGAGUAAACGAUGCCAAAAUGAAGCAUGGAAGUCACCCCAAGCACAACUCAGCAAUUGGUCAUGCCACUAAGCCAGUAGAAAUAGCUUUGGCAUGUGCUGCGAGUGUCAUUGGUACCAUUACCACCCCUCAGGUCACAGAACAACUCACACUGGAGUCAGGAGAAGAUGAUGAGUGUGAGAAUGAAGAAGAAGAGAGUGAGACCGAACAAGGAGAGUAUUUGUUUUCCUCCGCAGUAUGUGGAAUGUCUCAGGUUGUUGGUGCCGUAGCCGCAGUAGAUCUUGCAGAUGACUCUGGGGAUAAUGACGACUCGACAGACAUGUACUCUGCCUCUAUGGGACUUCUGUCAGUUGCCCAAGCUUCAACUGCAGUUCCUCUCCACUGUAGUAUUGCAGAGGGUACCAGUGUUGAGUCCUUCAGAGCCAAUGUUGCUGAAGUUCUCCUCAGGGAAGCUUCAGCUGUACUCACCCACAGACAAAGUUACUCAAGUGUUGCAAACUUCCUUGAGACCACACAUAACAAAAUAGUGGAUGGCAUCACAAAUUCAAGAAGGCUCUAUCAGGAGCAACAGGAUCUUGAUCAUUUUACCCAGGAAAUAUCAGAUCAUAUCUUUCAGUAUGCCCUUGAGAAGGCUGAGAAGAGAAAAGAGCUUGAGGGUCCAGGAAAAGAUGCCCCAAACAUUGAAGGUUUCCUCUUGGAUUGUGUGGAUAAAUUGCUCUUUGAUGUCUUAUGUGUAACAUCAAUGAAAAUCAAUGACAUUUCAAAAUAUAGCCAGGCUUAUAAUCAUGGGGAAAGGCAAAGCAGUGUGGAGACGUUGUCUGCACUCAUAGGGAAAACAGAGAGAGAGCAUAAGUAUGUACAGGAUGAGAGAGAAAAUGAGCUAAAACAGAAAGAACCUUACAGACUUACUCUAAACAGAGUGACUGCACCUCUGGUCAAAGAGCAAUUUGACCUGCAAUGGCAGCUGGGCAAGACUGACAAGAACACAGACUCUGUGCUCCCUUCAGCUGAAAGCUCUCCACUUCACAUUACACGAGGGAGGGCAGGAGGAGAGAGUGAGACCAGGAAGCAGUCUUUAUCAUCCUCUUCAGGAGCACUUGUGGCACUUAAAAUGGAUUCAUGUGAGUCCAAAACUCCUGUCACAUGCUUUGCUGAAGACUUGGCGACCACAGUGGUCUCCAUGGCUACAGAGCUGGCAGCGAUAUGCCUGGAGAACUCGAGUGGAAAGCAGCCGUGGUUCUGCGCUUUAAAGGGUGGAUUGGAAGGUCAUGAGGGACUGCUUUUGCCCUGCCGCACAGCCGUAGCCCUCCGCCGGAAAGAGGCACAAAAUGGCACCGCAGUCACCAAGAAACACAGACCUCCACGUCUCAGUGAAAUCAAACGUAAAACCGAAGAACAGCCUGAACUCAUGGAGCGCCUGGUCAACCGCGUCGUGGACGAAACAGUCAAUCUAGACGAACCUACCACCUCUGAUCCAUUUGCACUCUUUGCAUCAGAGGUAACAGCCAGGAUAAUGAACUGUCCAGAACUGAGUGUGAUUGACACUUCCAAAUCUGAACAGUCAUCUCGCAGCCGCCUACAGUGUGAAAGGUGGAGCAGCAGGGGGAAACCAUCGAGCUAUGAGAGCAUUCCAGAGGAGGAUGCAGAUCCCUCUCGAACUUCAAACACUUUGGGACCGGGAAACCGGCUUGGGAAUAAUUUAAGCAGAGGUAGCUCCAUCUCCAAGCAGUCCAGUUGUGAGAGCAUUACGGAUGAGUUCUCUCAGUUUAUGUUUAACCAGAUGGAGACAGAAGGUCGAGAGUUUGACCUUCUACUGGACUACUAUGCUGGAAAAAAUGCCAGCAACAUCCUUGCAGCAGCUGUUCAGCAAGCUGCCAGUAAAAAAAAUGGACACCUCAAUGUGCGCACAUCAUCUUGUCUCUCUAAGCAGUCCAGUACUGAGAGUAUCACUGAGGAGUUUUAUCGCUUCAUGCUGAGAGACAUGGACAAAGAGAACAUGGACUACAGUCUGACCAAGACCAAAGAGUGGAGUAAUAACCUAUUACCCCCGUCUCCCAGAACCCCAUUUUGUAUCCGUCAGUCGUCUGUUCCUGACAGGAGAUCCUCAGAUUCCAGACUAAGUGUAAAUUCACCCAUCAAGGCCAAUUCAUUUGAUGGUUUUGCACGAAAUGUACACAGGGACUCGCUCAACAUCUAUCCAACCAACUCUGUGUCAUCAACGGGACUCUGCAAGUCAGAUUCAUGCUUGUAUAAGCGUGGCCAAACGGACCAAAUCACGGACAUGCUAAUUCAUGAAACCUGGGCCAGCUCUAUCGAGUCUCUAAUGCGCAAGAAUAAGAUCAUUGCGGAGCCCUCCGAGGACAGUAUUGAGCUCGAUUCAGCAGACCUCCAACCACAUGUUCAGCUCUUUGCUAACCGUCUAGCGGCAGACAUCGUAGAGAGUGGCAAAUUCCUGCUUGGAGGCCAGCAGGAUGCCAUUGUGACUGCUUGUAAGCCACAGGUUCCAGUUGGAGAAAGGAGACAUGGCUUUAAACAUUCUCGUCGUGAAAAUAGUGGAAACCGGCCAAGUAUAGAGCAUCAAGAAAAUAGUGGUAGCUCUCACAGUUCGUCCUGUGUGAGGCAAGCAUGGCGUGGACAGAGGGAGGUACCCUUGAUCCACAUUGAACCAGAUCAAAGAGAAGAGGCCUCAGAAGACAGGGGGAGGAUUGAGCUCCACCACACAGAAGCACCCCAUCAGAUCCAGCCACAAAGUGGCAAAGAGAAUGAAACAGCAAACAAAAACAGCAGUGACAAAGACAGGGCCUCCUCAGUGGCCACAGCGCCCUCUGCAGGUGUGGAGGUGGAGCGACGCUCUCUCAGCGCUAGCAGUGAGGAAAGUGGCUCAGGCAGCUGGGCCCAAAUUGUCCCUGAAGAUGACCCCCAGGAGGAGACCACCAGUAGCUUUAUCCAGCUAAGCGAGGGAAAUGGGAACAGCAGCGCUUCUAGUCUGGGAUUGGCAGACCUGGAGGGCUUUCUAGACUACUCCAUCUCCAGCAACCUAAUCAGCGAGGACAGAGAGAGGAAGGCGUCACACUGUCAGGAUCAGACGGACGAAGUGACGUCGGGUCUGUCCACAGCCGGCAGCAGCUGUCAGCGCGAGCUCCUGGUGCUGAACUUUGACCUGGAUUCGGAGUGUGUGGAUGGAGAGCUGAGAGCGGCGCUGCAGUGGAUCGCUGCGUCUGAGCUCGGCGUGCCGGCGCUCUACUUCAGAAAGACUCAGGAGCACAACCUCGCUAAGCUCCACAGAGUGGUGCAGUUGGCAGGUCAGAAGGCUUGGCGUGUCGGUGACUUGUUCAGCGCUGUGGCUCAGUUCUGUCAGCUCCACCAGGACCUGGAGCACAGAGGACGACCCGUGCCCAGUCUGUUCGACUGGAUACUGAAGACCAAGCGCUAGAGCGCCACCCAUCGAUGCACCAGGAGCUGGAGAUGCCACAUAUCCGUCCUGAGCUAGCACACAUAUAUAGUGUUAAAACACCAAACACCAACCCCAUUUGAGCUGCAAAUAGACCCUCACACAACCAAACAGUUUAUUGACUAUUAGAUCCCACAGACUCCUCCACAGCCACCGCCAUGACUGUACAUCAGCACGUUUUUCUAGAGCUCAGCUGUGAAACGCUUGUUUAUCACAGGAUAGCAAGGUUUACAACGGCUCCUGAUCCCGAGAUCCCCAGCAUGAGGCUUCCUUAGUUCCCAACUUGCCCUCUCUGACCACCAGCACAUCCACAUUUGGUAUCCUUAAAAUUCACAGCUGAGCUUUCAUAAACCUUUAUUCCUAGACCUCCAUCUCUGUAACACUUGUAUAUGUCUUUGCUAGUUCACAGGAAUUAUGGGAAGUAUUGUAGGAAGAAAUGCCUUGUCCAUAACUUUGUGCUAGAGAUGCACAUUCACAUAGAUAGUGAUUUAAGGAUAUUUCCCUUUAAAUUACGCAUGUUCCUGUCUUUACGCGCACGCAACGUUAGAUCCACCGGUCACCAGCCUGCGCUGGUUAGAUGAACAUGCUUUAAACCGACCAAUCAGCCUUGACGUUUUUUAGCUUGCGGAUUUUUACUCUACAACAAACCCGUUUCGAAUGCACAACAUGAGUUUUUAUCAAGAAUAGUGGACGUGCGAGCUCUGGUGUAGGGAUUUAAAGAUAUGUAAAUGUUUGUAUUUAAAGUCAAAUAUAGUAAGAUCCCAUUCCAAACACAGUUUGUUGUUUUAAGUUUACAUUGGCGAACACGUUCGGUCUUUUUAUUGUAGCUCUGAGACUGAAGUCUAUGUUUAGUUUUGUGUGACUACUGUUAUUUAAGAGAGUUUAUUUUGGCUAGAUGUAAAUAGUCUAGACUGUGAGCUACUGUACCUUUCGGCUGCAAAUGGAAAUUUCAGUUUUUGUGUUUUAUGAUCGCAAAGACAUGCAGACAGACAGGAUCACAGCACUAAAAGUCUCACCAGACCACUGUUAAAGUUCCAGUAUAAGAGUAUAGAGUAUGUAAAGUACAAGUACAGUUUUGUCACGUAAAAGUUGACGUGUAAAUGUGAAAUCUGGUGGCGUUAUGGUUUUCUCCACAUAGUAACAUAAUAGUAAUGUGUUUUAAUAUCAGCGUUGAAGGCACACAACUGUAUCCAGUCUGUCUCGAUAUACCUGAAUGUAUUUAUCUUUUCAAAAUAAAAUUUGCGCACGGUGA